AUGUCUGAAAUACAAGAUCUUUUUAAACAACAUCGCAUAGUACCUGAUGUUAUCAAUACAGCACCGAUGGAAUUAUUGGAUAUUCAGUAUUCCAGCGGCGUGAGUGUGGAUAAAGGCAAAGAAUUGACACCAACUCAAGUUAAAAAUAAACCUAUAGUGAAAUGGGCUUCGAAGGAUACUGAAUAUUACACGCUGGCCAUGAUUGAUCCUGACGCUCCGAGCCGUGAAAAUCCAAAGUUUAGAGAGUGGCAUCAUUGGCUUGUUGGAAAUAUACUUGGAGGAGAUAUGAAUAAAAGUGAAGUUUUAUCUGAUUACAUUGGAUCUGGCCCUCCGAAAGGUACGGGGCUGCAUCGUUAUAUCUUUUUAGUUUAUAAACAACCAGGAAAAUGCGAUUUUUCCAAUAUCCCAAAAUUAUCGAAUAAUUCAGGAGACAAAAGAGGAAAAUUUUCUAUUUCUAAAUUUGCACAACAAUUUAAGCUUGGCAAGCCAAUCGCUGGUAAUUUCUAUUUAGCUCAAUAUGACGAUUAUGUACCCAAACUUUACGCAAAGUUGAAAGAAUAAUUUUUUUUCAUAAUUAGCAACUUCGAGUAGAUUUUAAAAUCAUAUAGUGU